UUCCGUUGGUUAACCACAAACGCUCAUUGACAUUAGUUUUAACAUGAAGUGUACUUUUGGUGUAAUUUAAUAUGGCUUUCAUGCAGGAUUCCAGGAGAGGCUAACUAGUAAUCAGUCUCACUCAGCACCAUUCAUAUACAACUUUUCCGUUCUCAUAAUCACCCCGAGGGGAAACUCACAAAUACCAUAGCUAUUGUCGCCUUUUCGUGUUUCUCGGGUACGGUGCUGCUUCAUCACGCAUUACUAGGCCGACUUGCGCGAGAUAGGCGAGAGGGAGGCGAGCUUUGACUUUGGGAGGUCUGGAGAUCUAUCCUACCACGGCAAGUGAUUCCCUUUUGCUGCGUAGUGUUCGAAGGUGUUCUCACAAGAAAUUUCCGAUUACAAGUGCCUCGUCGCGAGUUCUUCAUGAAACCCGUGAUACCAGGUCGCCACGACUCACUCUACUUGGUACAGCUUUGUCUUCCUCGUCUUCCCGCCGCGGGACCUUCAAUCUACCCUUUUCUCGAAAGCGUGACUCGACGCACUGCGCACUGCAAACCAAUCGAGACACGAAAACAAGCUGGUAUUGAUUACCUGGAAUUCGGUCCCCAUUCAUUUUGAGGGUACGCAGGGAUUUCGGUGAUAAGCCAAUUAUACCGUCAUCAACAGGACAGCUUCCCGGUUUGAAUUGUGUGCUUGGAGCAACAUGCGCCUAUAUUACGUCAAGUUUCGCCGACCUUAGUAAACAAACCGAUCAUUGACGCGAGGUUGGGGUAUUUUCUCAGUCCAGGCCUGUGGCUGUAUUCAAUGAUGCUUUAAAUCAGCGUCGUGAUUACGAUGCCUCUCUGACGGAUUGACGGAUUACCCAACGUCCCUCCGACAACCGACCCGGGAGGGUUAUACAUAGCCGCAAGCCCUAGCAUAAACGGUCGAGGAUACGAUGUACAGAGCGAAACUAAAACUGAGGGAAUGUUCAAAGCUUUUCGUACGGGCGAGCAAGCGACCCGUGGCCCACAUAGCACACCUUUCUCGGCGUGGCACUGGAGAGAGAGAUAUGUCAGGGUCACACAUCAAAUUCCAUACUAGGCAGGUUUGUCGAUCUAAUUGAGUUGAACUAACGCGUGUAAGGACUAUUCAUCCACUUCACCUUCGCCCAAGAUGUUCACCCUUGUCUUUGUUGGACACAAAAACGGUGAUGUUUACCUUUCCCGUGUGCGUUUCAAAGUGCGGAAUGUUGUUGAUCCACCACACGUGGAGUCCGCGUAGUCCGAAUGUCCUAGCGAGUGGAGAAAAUGCUGUAACCAGACGGAAGUUGCGUAUAAAUAUCAUGUCGUCAAGCGCUCAGCCGACCAGAAACGUUCGACAAUACGGGAGACGUGCUCUGAUUGCCUGUACGGCGUGCAGGACUCGGAAAGUCAGGUGCAGAAACGACCCCUCUGGCCUCAACCGACCUUGCCAGAGGUGCAGGCUAAAGGGAUAUAAGUGCGUAUACCAACCUGUCGACGUACGAUCCUUAGAAACACCUGAGGAGGAUGACGAAAUCCCACUUUACGAUCCGUACUCUCGAAAUAACACACCCGGGUCUUCCCGUAGCGGUACUCCAUACCGAAGUCGACAGUCCUAUCCUCCGAACCUUGGAACAUAUCCUCCUCCUUCCAUGCCUAGUGGGCUAGUGCCUCCUGUGCCUUCACAAACACAACCGGUGCCUGUUAACUAUCCAGCAGGCGGGUCAUGGCCCCAACCACCACCUCUUGCUCCGAUGCCAAGUAAUUCCGGGCUUCACAGCCAGGAUAUCAAUACGACCAACACUCCAGUACCAGGGUUUGGUGACGUUAACUACUAUCAACCUCAAAACCAGAUGUCGGUCCAGGGUACGCAUAGUGCGGCAUCUCAACAGGAUAACUCUACGUCUCAACCGGUUCAACUACAAGACGGGAGUAUUUGUUAUGGGACACUUAGUUGUUUCUGCGGUUACCAUCGCAAACCCUGAUGGUACUUUAAUAGUUAUAGAACGCGAACAUGUUUGAGCGGGAUGGGGACAAUGUAUUUAACGAUGGUCCGCUUGGACCUCACUUCGAGUAAUUUAUUCCGG